CAAAAAUAGAUGUAAGUCUUUAUUUGUGCUGUCACAUCAAUCUGUUCAGUGAACAGAUUGAUGUGUUCAGCAUCUCUGAUCGACAGCUCGCCGCCUUCGGGUAAGAACCGUGCUGUCCCACAGUGGUGCUCAAGCUGGUCGGUUCCUCCUGCAGUCGAAGAGAAGAACGAUGGCGGCUUCUAAGCAGCGGAACAGGUGGGAGUCCCCGCUCACAAGCACAGCAGAUCCGGCCACUUGGUACGUCGUGUGGGAGAAGAGCGUUGUCGGUGGAUUACUUGCUCCAGGCACUGAGCUUCUACCUCUGAUGUCUGCCGACGAACUACCAGAUGAAGUGCUACUGCUAUCGCAUCAUGGUGUGCUUUACCACCCGACGCACUUGGAAACAAGAUUACUGACUACUUCAGGGCGGGAUAUACGGGGAGGAGGUUUCCGCUCUCCACAGCAACAAGUGCAGCCUUGCUAGCUACCAAGCUCAUACGGGAAGCAUGCAUGCCAUGUUUUCGUAGCGUUGAGUACGUGUCAUGUGGGGCGACAAGAAUGAAACAAACCUCGCCUGCAACUCGGCCGUGGAGGAGUACGUGUGCCCACCGAAGAAUACGUACCCAUCAAGUUACCCUACGCUAUCUUGUCCCCGUUUUCGUGACGAUGCCGAAACUUGGAGAUGAAGCUAUUCAGAGGCCAUGUAUGCACCGCACAGCGUCACACUACACGUUCAUCAACGUCCACGUCAUAUUGUAGUGCAUCUACGGUACGCAGACGGUGAUGGAAGUGCAACCAAACACCAGGGUCAACAAUUGAAUCUAUGGUUUGUUGUUUAAUCUAGUUGGCAUGCCCAGGGAGAUGCAAUCUUACCUCUUUGCCAGUUUCGUCUUCUUUUUUCGUGGAAAUUCUCGGACAGGAAAGCAAUAUCCCGCACUAGUUCUGGUGCUAGCGAGCAUCUUCGAGCUGUCACAGUGUUGCCGCCAGUUGAAAAUGCUCUCUCAGACGACGCAGAUGUAGCAACGCAGCCGAGCCAUUUGCGUGCCAGUUUUGCCAGCACGGGAAAAUCUGCUUUGUUCGACCAUUUCAGCGGGUCGUCGUCCCGGCGAGCGUUUGCUGGUCGCUCUCGGUACCUAUUGAGCUCAUCUAGGCAGUUGGUUGUUGAGUUACUUGUGGCGCUGCUACUUCCACCUCCAGCCUCGGUCUCAUGCUCUUCCACACCGAAUAGAGCGUCAUCCAAGGCCGCUGUAGCCUUGUCUGGCGUUCAAGUAUUGAAGCUGUAACCCUGGGUUCAGGCUCUGGUGGAGAUGGAUCGUUGUCAAAUUCAAUCCGGCUUGCAGCAUCAAUUACACCUUUUAACCUUCAAAAUGGCAAAAAGGAAAUUCAAUGCUGCAAAAUGUAAAAUCA